AUGCCCGCUCUACUAGAAGACCCCUCCACCCGCAACCCCCCACCACAAGCGCACAUGGAUGCCGCGCCGAGCCUAUCAGCCCGGCGAACAACGCUUCCCAAAUCUGAAAAUGCUCCAAUGACCCUGCAUCCCAUUACUGGGGGGCCGCAAGCUGUCCCCAAGGACUUGAUCAAGUUCCUGCAUGAGGAAUUCAGUGCCGAGAUUGUCCGCGGCAACACAUAUCCCAUGGAGCAGCCAAUGGCACUUGAUCAAUUUGCUGAUUACUGGUUCGGGACGUUUGCUGUUCUGGCUAUUCUCGAUGACGAGGGUGAAGGUUUGCGAGAGGGUAGAGACUGGGAGAAUGUUUGUCUGGGCACUUUCUAUAUCAAGCCCAAUUAUCCCGGCCGUUGCUCUCACAUCUGCAAUGCAGGCUUCAUGACUACUACUGCGGCUCGGGGUCGGGGUGUCGGACAAGCCAUGGGUGAAGCAUACCUGGAAUUUGCGCCGAGACUGGGAUACACAUACUCAGUGUUCAAUCUGGUGUUUGCGAACAACCCAGCCUCCAUCCGUAUUUGGGAAAAGCUCGGCUUCAACGUUAUUGGGCGGGUCCCCAAGGCAGCGCGUUUGGCCAACAGUGAAGAACUGGUAGAUGCGUUGAUUUUCGGCCGGGAGCUCGGAAAUUAA